AAAAUGCAUACAAAUGAUAUAAAUAUUUUUCGCCGAGCCAGGUAGAAAUUAAAUUAUUUAAUUUGUCAUUGUGAUUUGCUCCUCAUGGUGAUUUUUCACGAAAGUUGGAAAAACGUUACAUGGUUCACCGAUGGAUUCAAAAGCCGAAUGAUCAGAUAAUUGCAGUGUUUUUUUGUGUUUCGUAGAAAAAGGGACAUUAUUGAAUAACAAAAAAAAUGAUUGCGAUCUAGGCGAGCUUGUCAACAUAAUCAAUCGUGAUAGAAAAAGGUUUAAGUACGACUUGUAUUGACGUGUGUACCACAGGAAAAUGAAAACUUAUCUUUAAAGCGGUUGAAAUAUAUUUAUACAAGGACUGUGGUUUAAGGAGAGACAUUUGAUAUUUGGAGUGCAAAUAUCAGUCCAAUGAGUCAAAACUUGGAAGAAAGUCCAAUUUCGGACAAUAAGAUGGAUAUUUCGGAGACUACUACAUCUCAAGAUUCGCCUCCUGGUUAUUCACCUGAUGUUGAAGAGUGCGGCAGCGGAUACAGAAACAAUGAGGAUGAACACAAUAAUAUAUACAGCUCAGAUCGUCCGACCACCGGUGUAAUUCCGGCUAAUGUUCCACAGUCAUGCAGCAAUGCAACAUGCACGACCCAACAUCAGCAACAACAUGUUUUGGAGAAGACCCACGACAAGCGUAAUGGAGACACUUUGCGGCUGAAUACUCUUAACAUAAAAACGGCAAAUCGUGCUUUUAACAGUGGUCUAACCCCAGUCAACAGCCACCCACUUAUGUUAGUUUCUCCAACUGGAAGUGAAUCUGAUUGUUCCGAACUUGCUAAUGUCAACAAGAACCACCAGGAUGGUCGAAAUUAUUAUCAUUUUCCGGAUCUCAUCCCUGCCAGCGAGCAACCGCCACUACGCUUAGCAAAUCCAUACCCUGGUCAUGGUAACGAAACAACUGGGGCGAUCACUACUACUUCUACUGCUACAACUACACGAUCCGCGACGUCAACGCUUGAUGUGAUAAAUAAUAUUGAUAAUGCUAACGUGAAACGAGCAUCCUUGUUGCGUGACCCAAGUCCGGAUUUUCUUAGCAGUGGUUCAGACCAGGAUCUAUCCCAAUUCCAUGCAUCUGUGACACCUACAUUCCAAUCGGUUGCUCUAGUUCAGUCAUGCUCUAGCACCCAAAUUCAUCAUUCUUAUCCCCACAAAUCGAUUUCGCCCAAGCUUUACCAGCGUCGCAAGGUUCAAAUACCUGCUGAUCUCCUGGUAGACGAUAUCAGCUCCAUAGAGGAAACUGUGUCCAAUCACAGUGUCGACGAUUUGCAGCAAAACUUAGUUUCGUUAAGUCCGUCCUCAUCAAUUCUGGAUGACAAUGGCUUCAAUGUGGAUAUCGAUGAGGACUUCCUGGACGCUCACGGUAGCCCUAAGUAUAAUGGGAGCAACAGUUGUGCCCUGCCCCAGUACUCUGCACGCGAGGAGGCUCGUGACAUACGAAAUUGGCAAAAGAUUACGCUGCCAGAUGGGAAAACUCGAGAAAUUGACAUGAAGGUGAUUGAGCCAUACAAAAGAGUGCUCUCUCAUGGGGGUUAUCUACAAUCCGGCGGACACAACGCAAUAGUGGUGUUCAGCGCAUGUCAUCUUCCCGAUCGUUCCCGGGCGGAUUAUCACUAUGUGAUGAACAACUUGUUUCUGUACGUUGUUAAAACGUUGGAACAGUUAGUUACCGAAGAUUACGUGCUUGUUUAUUUACAUGGUGGCUCAAACAGAAGUAACGUCCCCCCUUUCCCAUGGCUUAAGAAGUGCUAUCAACUGUUGGACAGAAGGUUGCGGAAAAGUUUGAAGAAUCUGUAUAUGGUACAUCCCACGUUUUGGUUGAAGUCUGUCGUUUGGAUGGCCAGACCGUUUCUAAGCUCAAAGUUUUGGCGGAAGUUGAUCUACGUGAAAACGUUGGAGGAACUCUACGAAAUGGUCCCGGUAGAACGAGCAGCCGUUCCGGACAAAGUGAAAAAUUAUGACGGCAAGCAUACAUAACUUGAAAUAUAACAACACGAGGCAACUGCAUUACCCUGGAUCAAUCAUCGGCAUUCUUAUCAUUGCAAUACGAGUACCUGUUGCCGCUCUAGCUGACACCCCUUUCAAGUGGCGUCGACUGGGAGCUUGCGGAAGGGGCGAACCGCCUCCGGGUGCACGAUUUUAGGUGUGCAGAAUGAACCGAAUUUAUAUAAAGAAAUUGGAUAAAUAUGAUUUCUGACGGGGGGUGGGGGUGCAAAUCAACUCUUCUGCCCGGGUGCAAAAGCUUCACUCGACGCCACUGAUCAUUAUUGUUCUACGAAAUAGAACACAUAUUCGAUACGAAAAAAUUCAUUUUCAAUUAAAAAUUUUAAUUUUCAAAGCAUGAUUAUUCCACCUGAAAAUUACUUUUGCUUGAUAGAAUAUCAUACGAAAAUUGUGUCUAAAGAUAAUUUUAUUUAAAAAAUUUAAAAUUUGAAAACCGGCUCCGUGUCUUGUAAUCUGGUAGAGAUUACACCAACGAUUUUGGGACCCAAAUUAUGGCUCUAACUUGAAGUCGCCACCAGAUGUCGACGUCAUCGCGAAUUACCAAUUUACCCAGGGGUAUGACUAAAACGUCAAAUCCCUCAUAUUGCCAGUGUACCCAAUAUUGCUGUGGUUCACUGACAUUUUGGUUCUAUCAAUUACUGUUGUUUACAUCUCGGUCCGGUUAUAUAGUCGAAUAGUGGCUAACUUUAAACUCCAUGUUAAAUGUGAACACCUCCAUGUGAAACCGAAAUAUGAAAAUCGCUCAUGCAGUUCGAAAUAAAGCAGCGCAUUUAUCUUUAUUUUUACUAUUUCCGUGAUUUCAACGAUUUCAAUCCUCGCAAAUGAUAUGUUGGUAAACAAAUGACGCCAUAUUGAUUUUGAUUUUGGGUAGCCUAUAUUCAAUUGAUGUCUACCCCCUGAAUUUACCACCAACGUAAACGAUCGGUGAGACAUCUGGAUUUUGUUUUUGAACUAAGAAAAUGAUGCUAAUGUAACCUAAAACUCAAAAACAAACCACGUAUAUUUUACUUCCGGGCUUUCCAAGGUAGUUCUCACAGGCAGGAAUCGUACAUUUUUUUACUUGUGUUUGAUUGUGCUCUCGAAUUUCCUUCUUUAAUUCAACCAUUGUCAACAUUUUUAUAGUUUUCACUACUGAAAGAGGUAAAUAAAUAACAUGUUAUAUAUAAAAUUGCGCAGAAUUAAAUUUCUUACAAACUCAUCGCAAUCAAAUAAUCUUUUAUGAUUAUAACAUUGUAAUUCAUGGAAAGAACUACAAACCUUCCAUAAGCUCACAUGGCAAAAUUUAAAACCAUCAUCACUUUCACCGCAGCGCCGCCUAGGUGCAGAUUUGUACGUUUGAUCGCCAAUCGCGAUGUCGAUGAUGAACUUUUACAGCAGAGGGAUAGUGAGAUAGGCGGUGACGGUAGGUAGAGUGAGAUAGCGAUAACCGUGUCAUACACCUGAUUGGCGAUCUAACGUACUAAUCUACACCUAGGCGGUGCUGCGGUGAAACUGAUGAUGGUUUUAAAUUUUGCCAUGUGAGCUUAUGGAAGGUUUGUAGUUCUUUCCAUUGCCGAUCUAACGUACAAAUCUACACCUAGGCGGCGCUGCGGUGAAAGUGAUGAUGGUUUUAAAUUUUGCCAUGUGAGCUUAUGGAAGGUUUGUAGUUCUUUCCAUAAAUUACAAUGUUAUAACCAUAAAAGAUUAUUUGAUUGCGAUGAGUUUGUAAGAAAUUUAAUUCUGCGCAAUUUUAUAUAUAACAUGUUAUUUAUUUACCUCUUUCAGUAGUGAAAACUAUAACAAUGUUGACAAUGGUUAAAUUAAAGGAGGAAAUUCGAGAGCACAAUCAAACACUAUUAGAAAAAUGCACGAUUCCUGCAUGUGAGAACUACCUUGGAAAGCCCGGAAGUAAAAUAUACGUGUUUUGUUUUUGAGUUUUAGGUUACCUUAUCAUCAUUUUCUUAGUUCAAAAACAGAAUCCAGAUGUCUCACCGAUCGUUUACGUUUUGCGUUAGAUCGCCAAUUGCGUUUGUUUACAUGUUUUUGUUAUCUGCCAAUUGACGAAUUUACGCAAAGCUGAAUCAGCUCAUGCGACAUCUACACGUGCUCCCGUGGCCGAGUGGUUAGCGUCAAAACCUAACAUGCCGGGGGUUCGGGUUCGAUUCCCGUUCUGGUCGGGGGAAUUUUUCGUAAAAGAACUUUCCUCCGACUUGCACUGUGGUCGCGCGUAUUCUAGAGCUUGCCACUCAGAAUGCAUUCAAGGCGUGUUAUUUGGCAUAGAAAUCUCAACUAAGUACUAGUAAAAAUGACGCAAGUAAUAUUACGUUGAGACGGCGAAGUUCCUCUAGGAACGUUGGUGCCAUUUAAGAAGAAGAAGAAGACAUCUACAUUAGAACUCAGAACCACAAAAGUGAGGGUGUUUGUUUAUUUUACGCACUGAAACGCAAGAUUCGCUGGUGAUUAUUCAUUUUAUUUCUAUUCAGAUUCAUUUCAACCAUUAGAUGUCGUCAGUAUAUGGUAACAAAGUUAGGGCUUUGUAUAUUUACGAUGGUUUCAACACGCGGUUGGACCAAAGUAAUUGAUAAUUUUCAAAAAUUUUAAGUUUGAUGAUGCAUACCGGUUAUUGAUACUAUGGAUAAUUGCGAUGAAAUCGAUAUAAUAUCAAAUUUGCUGAUAUCAUUGAUUAUGUAGGGGCCGAUACCAGAAGGAUUUGCAUUAUUUUUAGCGCAAAACACCCUAUUCAACGUUUACUUAGUUGAAAAAAAUUAAAGUUACAAUACUUAUAACGAGUUAUUCCUUGUAAUAUACAUAGCACAUUGUAAAAUGAUGAUUUUCUAACCUUUUCAGCAUGGAAAGAAUACAUGAAACCGGGAAAUUUGAAGAUAAAUUCUGAUUUUUCUAGAAAAUUUGAACGAAUUUCAUACCCAAAAAACAAAACAUCCUCAAUUUACUCGCUGCGCCAUCUGGUUGUAAAUCCAACGUAAAUUCGUCAAUAGAAGAGUCGAUUCCAGAUUAAUUAUCUGUCAAACUGCUAGCUGUUUCUGAUAAUUUGAUGAGAAUUUGAAAAAUUACCUGGAAUCCCUGGCAAACCCGUGCAGUAGUUUCUAGUUUCACGCCAGCAACUUACGAAUCAACCGAUUGUCAAGCGAGUUCACCGGGUCAGUAGCUGUUCACUAUCAAGUCAGCUACUAGCAACGUAUAAAUGGGCCUUAAGAGUCAAAGUGAUAUUGUACAACAAUCCUUAAUUCUUUUCUGGUCACUGGUAGCUGCCUGGAUCUUGAUGCGUGGUGGCUGUGCGUAUUUCACACCACUACAAAAACAUUGUCGUCCGCAUAGGUGAAUACUAACACUCCCUUCGGUGGUACCCGAAACAAACUGUUCAUCGGUAUUAGGAAAAAGGAUGUGCUGCGCUCGGUGCGUGUUCGUUGCUGUUUCUUUCUAUAGGCCAUCGUACUGGAUUCGUUUGGCUACCCACAGGAACUUCUUCCGUUUCUUGAUCUUCUUUUUGAUGUCCUCAGAUCACUCCUCACUCCUUUUGAUCUUCUAUUCGUUUUUAGAAUCCAACUCGCAUCCUACGAUUAGGUACAGAAACAACAGCAAACAGUGUCCGAGUUCCGCAUUAACACAGCUGGGGCAGCUUACUGUAGAGGGUGCCCUAUUACCCCACAGACUCUGUUAGCGACAGAAUAUUUACUAAACCCAUCGGUAAUUCAUCCCUCGACAUGGAUCGCGUCACACCUCGUGAUUGGGGUUACCAUUAGGCUAGGCGCAAAUUGAGAAGCGUAUAGCGCUCGUAAGCGAACACGAGACUAUCAACACGACUCAUACGUGCCACAAACGUAGCGUGGUGGAUCGCAUAUUGAGUCGCAGUUUGGUGUAAAUGUCGUGCCACUUGCAUACAAUGUCUGAAUCACACAGAGUUGUGCGAUAUAUUUAUUUACUAAUGACACCUUCCGACCGGUACAACCAUACAGUGUCAGACUCACAGCGCUAUAUGAUUGUUCACCAACACAACCAACACAAUCAGCAUGAGCAGCACGAGAAACUGUGGCUCAGCCACAGCGUCGAGCAAGUCGUGUCUCACGAGCGCUCCUCCAUCUCGCGUCAUCUGACUAAUUUGCGCCGUUCCAUCUGUUUUCAUUAGCCACAAAGACAGGCGCUAUAUCGCGCCAAGUUAGUCGCGCCAUACGCGUCUCAAUUUGCGCCUAGCCUUAGGGUGCUCAUACACUGUUUGACCGAAGCCAAAUAUUUGACUCUUUUUGACAGAUAAAAUUUGGUCAACGUGUACUGAUCAAAUAUAUUCUACGCAAAACACGGCAAGCAAAUAUUCAAUUAUUGGAUGCCUAAAAUAUUUUUUCAGUCUGUUCUUCGAACCUGUCGGUACAUGGUUAGGUUACCUUGAAUAUUUCAGUUGAUUUUUUCCAUGUUCGGUGUUUGAUAUUGUUUACUACUGUUGAAAAUUGAAGAGUGGCAAACAAAAUAGUGUUUGUACAGAUAUCAAAUCAAACCUUAUCUGUCAAAAAAUAACAAAUAUUUGACCUCCGGGCCAACAGUGUACGGCCACCUUUACCAUAGGUGGUAAAAAAAAAUAAUUUGAAAAAAUAAAAAAAUUGCAACGCACUAUUAAUUAUUAACAAAUCUUUCACUUUUGGGAUUGCAUCAUAUUUUUCCAGCACUGCAUGCAGUUUUCGUUUAUAAAUUUCUGUCUCGCUAGUUCUAUCACUUGGAUUUAUUGAUUCGUCGAUUCAUCGUAAUGUACAUACAGCUUUUUCGUCGCUAAUUUGACUGAUUUGAGAUCUCGAAUAACUACGGCAAAACAUCGAAGUUAAUAACAGUAUUGUAUACCGCUUGUCAGCAUUUUCGUUAAUGUCUAGUGUUCAAUAUGAUAGCGUAUGCGACAAGGCGUCUCUAGGUCUAUAUAGACUCCUUGUUUUGUAUAUGAAUAAUAUUAGAGAAAGAUUUAUUCAUAGAGUGAAUGUAAUAUAGCAAAUGUCUAACUUAGUUGAAUAUUCGUAGCUACGCAUAAGCAUACCGAACAUCCCAAUAACACAAAUAGCAAUAAACUAUAAGAAAGUAGAAUUAUAUAUACAUCAUACAAAUUUAUAUGUCAUAUAUAUGUAUGUAUCUCCGGAAAGAAUAAGCAAUUUGUAUGACUGUAACGUAAAGUGUCAGUAGUUAGAGAAAAUGGUCAGUAGAAAGUGAGUAUAUAUAGGAAUCAAACAAUGAAAAAACACAGCCGCGAACCUUUUUUUCGUUUCUUCAAAGCACAUAGCAAGGCGCCGAGAAGUAUAUCCUAAGGUGAGGCCGUUUCGUCCCUAAGUUGGUUAGGAGAGCGGUAUUUGAAAACAGUACGGAAGAAAGCAGAAGGGGAAUUAUUGGCUUGAAACGUGAAAGAGACAGCCUGAUCACGAGCGAGCUUGGGCGCAAGCGUAUUGUAUUUUGUUUACAAACAAAACACAGUAGACUUCCAAGAUGGCUGAAGAGUGGUUUUAGCCAAGGCGCGUAGAAGUAUAUCCUAAGAUGGGCCAACUUGCUAAAACCACUCUUCAGCCAUCUUGGAAGUCUGUGUUUUGUUUGUAAACAAAACACAAUACGCUAGUGCCGAAGCUCGUUCCUGAUCAGUCUGUCUCUUUCACGCUUCAAGCAAAUAAUUCCCCUUCUGCUUUCUUCCGUACUGUUUUCAUAUACCGCUCCCCUAACCAACUUAGUGACGAAACGGCCUCACCUAGUACCAUAGACCCGUCUUGGUUUUAGCCAAUGCGCCUAGAAGUAUAUCCUAAGGUGGGCCAACUUGCUAAAACCACUCUUCAGCCAUCUUGGAAGUCUACCGUGUUUUGUUUGUAAACAAAACACAAUACGCUAGUGUCGGAGCUCGCUCGUGAUCAGUCUGUCUCUUUCACGCUAUAAGCAAAUAAUUCCCCUUCUGCUUUCUUUCGUACUGUUUUCAUAUACCGCUCCCUUAACCCACUUAGUGACGAAACGGCCUCACCUAGUAACAUAGACCCGUCUUGGUUUUAGCAAGUUGGCCCACCUUAGGAUAUACUUCUAGGCGCCUCGGCACAUAGUAGCAAACAACAAAACCGCCCACAAUCCAAUCGACGAAAAAAACAUCGACCUAACAACGACCGUAACGCUGUUACCUAUUCACGAUGACGACGAUUAGGUAUCGACAUCUGGAUACGGCAUUAGUUUGUGUGAGGCAAACUAUUCUCUAUCAUAUUAGUCGGCCCGAAUCAGUUUAUAUUUGCUAAAAUUUGUAUGAAAUUUUUUUCUUGGUAUAAUUUUUUCUACUUAAAGUACGUUGUCAUGACCCUAAUUUGAAUUAUUUUCUAUAGACGUUCAGAUAUUCUCAAAAAAACUUGUCAUUAUAAUAUAAAAUUAUCUCAAAACAUAUUUUUUAUGAUGUUU